ACCAUCAAGUCCACAAAAGUCUUAUACAGUACUAGGUAACCUUAGCCUUUGUACCUCCGUUUCCACGUUAAUCUUCCCACUAGUUUUUACUCUGAAAUCUUGUUCUCUAAGAUCACCUAAUUAUAUUUUCUUAAUAAGCACUUCAUCAAUCUUCCUGGACAUGGCAACAGCCUUGUCCACAACCACUCUGCUUUCAUGGAGGAGAAACCCGCAGCAAAUGUAUUUCCAACCCUCUUCCAUGAAAAAUGAAAUUUCAAGAACUGUACCUGCUUCAGUCUCAAAAGACAGUUUUUCAAUCAAUGAAGAGAGUGAUCAAUGCACAACAUCUUUGUUGGUGAACAGAAGAACAGUUUUGGGUUCUGGAAUUUCCUUGUUGGGUUUCCCAGGAGUGAGUUUGGCUGUGGUUAAACAAGGUCUUCUGGCAGGGAGAAUUCCUGGUCUGUCUGAGCCAGAUAAAGAAGGUUGGAGGACAUAUCGCAGGCCAGAUGAGAAGUCAGGAGGACAUGGUGUUGGAUGGAGUCCUAUUAUUCCAUACACCUUUUCUGUGCGUCAAGAAUGGGAAGAGGUACCCGUAUCGAUAGCGGAUCUAGGUGGCACAGAGAUAGACUUGAGAUUUGUCAGCUCUAAGGAAGGACGUCUGUUUGUUAUUGUUGCUCCUGUUCUAAGAUUCUCCGACGAUCUUGGUGAUAAUGCUACAAUAGAAAAAAUUGGACCUCCAGACAAAGUGAUCAAUGCAUUCGGUCCAGAAAUGAUUGGAGAAAAUGUAGAAGGGAAGGUUCUUAGUUCAAGUGUAGCAGAGCAUGAAGGAAGAACUUACUAUCAGUUUGAGCUAGAGCCUCCUCAUAUUUUCAUUACUGCCACUGCUGCUGGCAACCGCUUAUACUUGUUUGGUGUAACCGGUAAUGGCCUUCAGUGGAAGAGACACUACAAUGAUUUGAAGAAGAUAUCUGAAUCUUUUCGAGUUGUAUAAUUGGAUUUUUCAAUGAAUCAAAAGCUUACCUGCAUGUAUGCAAUUUUCUGCAUCUGUAGAAUAGUAUACUGUUACACAGAAAUUCAUCACUACUUUUGCCCGAUUGGGAUUUCUGGGAUUUCUAUAAAUCAAGAGAUCAAAUCUGUAGAGUCUAUGUACAAUCAAUAUACCAAACAAUUUUGUUACAUUAUAA